AUGGAUGUAAUAACAAUCAUAAUUGCAGUAAUCUAAAAAGAAUCUAACUGUCCAAAUAGUCUUUGCCACAGAUUUCUAGCUGGAUUUGCUGCUUGUAAUUAUUCUUUUGUUGGACCAUUACUUAAAGUAGUUGAAUUAUUAUUUUAGGUAGAUUAUUUUGGUUGUUAAACAGAAGAAGUAAUCGGUUUAGAAGGGGGAGCUGCUGCACCAUCAUGA